AUGCUAUCGCUGACACUGCUCAGCAAGGAGAAGAAAAAGAAAUGCGACGAACGCCGGCCUGAGUGCGCUCGCUGCGCCGAACGAUCCAUCGAGUGUACAUACGAAGUAGCAAAGCCACGGCAACGGAAAAAGCGCGACUCGAAAUCCGGGUUGGCCACAGAUGUAGAAGUGGCAAGGCAGGAUGAGUUCGAGAACGCAGGGUGGCAGGCAUGCGAUGCGAUAGACGAUACAGGCGCAGACGACGGUGCUAGUCUGGUCAGCAGCGUGCAAGACCACUCGUCUUUCGGAACCUCGGAACUGCUCAUGUCACCGGCAACAUCUGGCGUGUUUGACUUCUCAAAUGACUGCAUAACUGAUGAGGAUGAUGGAGGUCGCAGCCGUGCCUUGGUGCCGAGGCGGUCUCAUUCGAGCAUUGCGUCGAACCCCCUGUGUCUACCCCCGGACUUGGCCCUCAUCGCGCCUUGUCCUCUGAGCUCACCGACGCUCGACUUCUGUAUACCCGCGUUUGCCGAGUUCUCAGAUCGCUCCAACCGCCGUGCUCUAGUUGAUCACUUCUGCAACGUAUUGUCUCACCUCAUAGUAUUCCGCGAGGAAUCGGGCAACCCCUUUCAGCAGUUGGUCCUUCCCCUGUCGUACAACAACCCAACAGUGAUGAACGCCAUCUACGCACUAGCUAGUGCACAUCUGGAGUACCGAGGGGUUGACACCGGCGAGAAGUCGGUACACUUUCAUAACGAGGCAAUCCAGGGCCUCGCCCAGCUGAUAGAGCGCGGGGGCAAAGUCAACCAUAAGAACGAGCUUCUUGCCGCCAUCAUGCUCUUGGUGUAUUAUGAAGUGUUGGUCCAGAGAGGUCGCUCCAGUAUUGUCGAUGGCCAUCUCCGUGGCGCAUUAGCCAUCAUGGAGUCUUCAGUGGGGAAUGAGAGCCCUACCAGCAUAUUUCUGGAAAGAGCCUUUCGCUUUUACGACGUAAUCACAGCACUGUCCCUUGGAACAGCUCCCAUCGGCACAGCGCCCGCUGCCGGUUGCUUGAUUCCACUUCCCCCGCUCGACGCACCAGUCGGGUCUCCAUUAUCUAAUGUCGACACCUUGCUGGGGAUGGCAACCAGCCUGUGGCCGAUAAUGCAUCGCCUGUCGAACUUAUUUGCCCUGAAGGAGGAACUGGACGACGCCAUCAAAUCACACCAGAACUCGAAAGCGGCUGUUCUCCGGUCGGAGUUCGAGACAACAUCCCGCGCCAUCGAAGCAGCCUUGCAGCGCUGGGAACCAAGCCUGCCGCCAAACGUCAUCCUCAAAGACGGCGUGCUGGAGGCAGCCGAUGGCCGAGCUCUCCCCGAGCAAGCCCUCCUCCACUCGAUCCUACACAACGCCCUAGCCUAUCGCCACAGCGCUUUUGUCUAUCUCUACCGCACCGUAUACGGGUACUUACCGAAUCAUAUACUGGUUCAGAGGCACGUCCAUGCCUCGCUCGUUUACUGUUCACAGACUGUUUCCUCCAAAGGCCCCAUGGGAGCGCUGCUGUGGCCGCUGUUUGUAGCCGCAUGCGAAGCUAUCACGGACGAAGACAGGAGCCUGGCCGAGCAGACCUUUGGCGAGUACGACACACACCAGGGCAUGACCAAUAUCGAUAAUGCCUGGGGUGUUGUACGAGAGGUCUGGAAGCAGCACGACCUCCUGAGCGUGAUCCCUUACGGUUCCAAGGAUGCUGACCUCUGGAGGCGGGUCAGCAAGGAGAUGGGCCACUGUAUUGUGCUUGGAUAA